CACGCCGGCAACCGACAGGGGAGUGGAGCGUGUCGUCCGCACGGUCGUCUGCUCGGAGAUGUGAUUGGUUGCGAGACGAACAAUUCCUGCAUCUCCUGUGAGACUAGGUGCACCAUUAAAGUGAACGUCAGCAAAGGACGGAAGGGCACGCCACAUAAAUAAUUCAAGAACUUACAUGCAUGGAUGUUAGUUGAUGGUAGGUAUGGCCAGGAUUAUCCCUAGAAUUCACGCCCUCAUCCUAGAUCUGCCAUUUCAUGCGUCCGGGGUGAAGUUGGUAACAAAUAGAGUCACAACUCUGCGAGAUGUAAGGCUUCCAGGACUUACACUGCUAAGGACAAUGGCUUCCAGUGAGGGACCAAAUCUUCAAGCCACUCUUGAUCUGGAGGACCCUGAACUCUAUGAACUCCUGACAAAAGAAAAGUCCAGGCAAAAGAAAGGAUUAGAAAUGAUUGCAUCUGAAAACUUCACAUCUAAGGCUGUUUUACAGGCCUUGAGCUCCUGCCUGCACAACAAGUACUCAGAAGGUUAUCCAGGGGCCAGGUAUUAUGGAGGGAAUGAGUAUGUGGACCAAGUUGAACUACUCUGUCAGAAACGAGCACUGGAAACUUUUGGCCUCAAUCCUGAGGAAUGGGGUGUGAAUGUCCAGCCAUAUUCAGGUUCUCCAGCCAACUUUGCUGUAUACACUGGUGUGGUUGAGCCUCAUGGAAGGAUCAUGGGACUGGACUUACCUGAUGGUGGUCAUUUGACCCAUGGUUUCAUGACAGCCCAAAAGCGUGUGUCUGCUACGUCCAUCUUCUUUGAGUCCAUGCCUUACAAGGUCAAUCCAGAGACUGGGUUGAUAGACUACGACAAGCUGGCAGAAACUGCCCGCCUGUUCAAGCCAAAGCUCAUCAUUGCAGGAAUCACAUGUUACUCCCGUCACCUAGAUUAUGCUAGAUUCAGAGAGAUUGCUAAUGAAUUGGGAGCAUAUGUGAUGGCAGAUAUAUCUCAUGUAAGUGGACUUGUAGCUGCUGGUGUAUCUCCAAGUCCUUUCAAGCAUUGCGAUCUUGUCACUACAACAACUCACAAGACAUUGCGUGGAGCACGAGGAGGCAUGAUCUUCUACCGUAAAGGUGUUCGCUCAGUUGGUAAAGCUGGAGAGAAGGUCUACUAUGAUCUAGAGAAACGCAUCAACGAGGCAGUAUUCCCUGGUCUGCAGGGUGGCCCCCAUGACAAUGCAAUUGCAGGAAUUGCAGUUGCUCUCAAGCAGGCUCAAUCGCCUUUCUUCAAGACCUACCAGGAGCAAGUGGUUAAAAAUGCACAGCAGCUGGGCAAGUCUGUUAUGGAUUUGGGGUACAAGGUUGUCACUGGUGGCACAGACAACCACAUGAUCCUCCUCGAUCUCCGUCCACAAAAGCUGACAGGAUCCAAGGCUGAGAAGGUCAUGGAGGCUGUUUCCAUUGCCUGUAACAAGAACACUGUUCCAGGGGACAAGAGUGCAAUGAACCCCAGUGGAAUCAGACUUGGCACACCUGCACUGUCAUCUCGAGGCAUGAAAGAGGCAGACAUGAAGACCGUUGCAAAUUUUAUCCAUCGUGCCAUAACUUUGGCAUGUGAGAUCCAGGGCAAGUCAGGCCCCAAGUUGGUAGACUUUGUAAAAUUGAUGAAGGAAGAUGAUGCCUUCAAGGGUUUGGUUGCAGCUCUCAAGCAAGAUAUUGAAAACUUUUCUGAGCCUUUCUUUAUGCCUGGCUUUGAAGAGAUGUAACUGGUGAGGACAGGUAUUGUAACUGAGGAAUAGGAAAGUAAGCUUUCAGAGACUGAGAUAAAUGAUUUUGCAUGUUUCAUCAAUUGUGCCUCCGCUCUAGCUUGCAAGAUCCUACUAACAAAGGAAGAUUAUAUAUUUGAUUGCAGUGCUCAAGCAAGAUAUUGACAAAAUUUCCAAUCCUUUCCUCAUGCCUGGCUUUGAGUUCCAACCCAUGGUCAGAGGGAAUAGAAAUUCAAUAAUUCCCAAUACCUCUUUCCAGUUACUCCACCCCUGUUAAUAGAAUGCAUCUCUUUCAUGUGCAUCAUAGUAAGCUUCUUGCAGUCCUUCACAUUGAGCCUCAUCUGGUGCUUUUGGUCAAUGGAAUCUCAUUUUGAAGGAACUCAUUCAAUAUUGUGCCAUUUUCUAUGGUGAUUUUUUAAUAUGCCUUUGGCGUUUUUUGUGCAAUAUAUGGAGG